AGGUUAUAAAAUCCGCAAGAUCUGUUUUUAUUUUUCCAGUUUUAAAUAACAUGGCGAGAGUGCCAGCUCGCCUCCUCAUAGAAUUGUCAUGCCUCCUGAUAUUUUCCUUCGUAGUUGAAAGCGGAAGUGUAGCAGAGAACGAUAUCCUGCCCGAAUUUUAUCACGUUGAAACAAAAAGAACUACGAACGUAACUGAGGACGAUGUCGCUUACGCGAAAAUCCUAUUCGAAGUGCGGGGUAAAAAUAUAUAUCCGAAAAUGCGGAUCAAGGCGACGCGAAAAAUGUCGCAAAGAAAUUCUGAGUGUCAAAACGCGGAUUUCGCUUAUAAUAUCAGUGAAGUUUCCGCACACGACAAAUGGGCGCAGUACGAGCUGACAGUGCCUCGAAGUGUGGGGGGUAUUUUGUACUUAUGUUUACCUCACCGGGUGAUGGAGAACGUGGGGCUGUUACAGCCCGGUCUAUUAAACAGUGAGUUGCACGUGUGGUACCAUCAGGGUCCUGACAUUAAGUUACCUCUCGGCCAAGAAAAGAUAGAUAAAACCGCGCCUCCAGGCACCGCCAUGGUGGAAAGCAGGGCCCGUCGCGACGACAAUGUUACGGCGAUCAACCUUCCUCCCGCGUCGACGGUCAAAGUGUUGGGACUCAAACUGGAGAAGGUUGAGAAGGAGUUCGAGUUCGACGAGUGGGGAGUUCCGGUGGUGCUGGCCGAGGUCGAGCACGUCCUGAGACUGUUCGGCGAAGGGCUGACGGAAGCCAUGACGAUCACGUUCACGUCCGAACCGGGAAACUAUAGCGAGAACUGUUUUAUACCGGUGGCGAAGGGAUUUUCGGUGGUUCCCGGUUCGUUGUUCCUCAACAGAACCGCUUUGGUGAAGAUAACGCUGCCGCCAUUGCCCUCAGGCGCGGACACUUUGUACAUAUGCGUCAAAGACGGACAGAUAAGCUCGGUGACACCAUUCCUCCAUCAAGGACACGAACCGUGGUUACAGAUCAGAACCUACCAGAACUUAAUUCCGUUGUGGGCCUCGAUCAUUAUCAUCUUGGUCUGCUUGGCGUUCUCGUGUCUGUUUUCGGGCUUGAAUUUGGGCCUGAUGUCGCUGGACAAGACGGAACUGAAGAUCCUGUGCAACACGGGCUCGUCCAAAGAGAAAAAGUACGCCCGGGCUAUCCAACCGGUCCGAGAUCACGGCAACUAUCUCUUGUGUUCGAUCCUGCUCGGCAACGUGUUCGUCAACUCGAUCUUCACCAUCCUAUUGGACGGUCUCACGUCCGGCCUGAUCGCGGUCAUCUUUUCCACGCUGGCCAUCGUGUUGUUCGGCGAGAUCUUUCCGCAGGCGGUUUGCUCGCGUCACGGACUCGCCGUCGGUGCCAAAACCAUCUACAUCACCAAGUUCGUGAUGCUGCUCACGUUCCCGUUGAGCUACUCGAUCGCGAAGCUGCUGGACUGCAUCCUCGGCGAGGAGAUCGGCAACGUCUACACUAGGGAGAGGCUGAAGGAGCUCGUUAUGGUGACUACAGGAGAUAACGACUUGGACAAGGACGAAGUGAACAUCAUCAGCGGCGCUCUGGAGCUACGAAAGAAAACCGUGUCCGACGUUAUGACAAAAAUAGAGGACGUCUUUAUGCUGGAUUACGAGGCCGUUUUGGAUUUCGAAACCGUUUCUGAAAUAAUGAAAAGUGGUUAUUCCAGAAUACCGGUCUACGAGGGCCACCGACAGAACAUCGUCACCAUGCUCUACAUUAAGGACCUUGCAUUCGUCGAUCCGGACGACAACACGCCGCUGAAGACGCUGUGCCAAUUCUACCAAAAUCCUUGCAACUUCGUCUUCGAAGAUGUCACCUUAGACGUGAUGUUCAAGAUAUUCAAGGAGGGCAACAAGGGCCACAUGGCGUUCGUGUCCAGGGUCAACACCGAAGGCGAAGGGGAUCCCUUCUACGAAACCACCGGGAUAAUCACCCUCGAGGACGUCAUCGAAGAACUGAUCCAAUCGGAGAUCGUAGACGAAACUGACGUAUUCACCGACAACAGAUCGAAACGGCGCAGGAACGCGGAAAGGAAGGACUUUUCCAUUUUCGCCGAGCGGAAGGACCAGCAGAACAAAGUGAGGAUGAGCCCCCAACUGACUCUGGCGGCCUACCAGUAUCUCAGCACUAGUGUCGAACCAUUCCAAGUAAACGUGAUAUCGGAAACGAUCUUGCGUCGGCUACUUAAACAGGACAUUGUCUUCCACAUAAAGAAGCACAAAGAAUGGCGCUACGACCCUGCGAACGUCAUCUACAGCCAGGGCAAGGCCGUCGAUUAUUUCGUCAUCAUCCUCGAGGGUCGCGUCGAAGUGACCGUGGGUAAAGAGAAUCUGGUAUUCGAAGGCGGACCAUUCACAUACUUCGGGACCCAAGCUCUCGUCCAAACCGUCGGCAUAGAAUCGCCCGCCGCACCUUCUGGGAUGGGCAGUUUGGAAUCGUUGAAUAUAGAUUCGAUGCUCCGUCACACCUUCAUACCGGACUAUACUGUCAGAGCUUCCACGGAGGUCCUGUACCUCAAAAUCAAGCGCAGUUUGUAUCUGGCUGCCAAACGGGCAACACUCAUGGAAAGGUCUAAGAGGGACCACAACCACACCAAGGAGCAAUUGGACGCGGAGAUCGACAAGUUGCUUAACGACGAUGACGACGUCAGUUCGGGCGGCGUGACGCCCAGGAGGAAAUCCUCGAAGAACCUGACCGCGUUGCAGAAUUCGCGCCAAGAAUUGACGGAGAACCAGGUGCAGAGUCCGAAGACGCCGGCUCGCUUGAGCAACGCGAGCCCCAACCGUUUGAGCGCUAGGGGCGGGGACAUCAACGGCUCGGUGAAGAGCAGCCCCGUCGACGACGAGACGGUCGAUGGCCGCGGCGAGGAGGUUUCCCUUUUGCCGCGCAAAUCGUAACAAAACGUCACGGUCCCGUUCGCGCGGGACCGCACCCAGCGUACUUAAGUUUAAAUCGAGAGAGAGAGAAAGAGAACGGUAGGUCCAGAUUACGUUCGAGUUUCAAUGUUUAAAAAUGACUAUGUUAAAUGUGAAUAUUUUAUGCAUGUUAUAGCGCAGGGUGCGUCGCGGUCCGUUCAUUACUAUUAAUCUACGCGACGUUGCGACGAAAAAGCAAUAAGGCGUUUUUUAAAGGUUUUUUUUGGGCUAGCUCGCGGCGGCUUCUAUUUUGCUAGUGCGAGGAGAAAACCAGGUCGUCCCUCUAGGGCAGUACCGUUCGCGUCGAGAAGUCGCAGUUUCUCGUCGCUUCCAUACGACGCACAGUGGAACGAGUUUAUUUGUGGAAGCAAUUUCAAAUUCUAAUAAAAUAAGUUUAUUUAGUUAUUACAAACCAUCUAUGGCGUGACUUAAAAAUUCAGUACUUUUUAGAAAAAAAACUAAGAUGUUUUGAAAUGCUUACAGAGUGGAACUGUCGUGGAAUUUUUUAGUUUUGAUUCUUUUAAAAAGAAAUAGCAUAAAAUUUCACAAUUAUUACCAGAAUUUCAAUAUUUUUGCAAAACCAAGAUGGGGAAUAUCUUUAAAUAUAAAAUUUCCGCACUACAUUUAAGGUCAUCGUCAAAGUUUAAUGACUCUACCUGCUUGAAAGAAAAUAUUAUUGACGAUCCUCUAACCCUCCACAAUUUUUGAAUUACUUCUCCCCGGAUACUAAAUCCCAUAUGGCUCAUACUUAAAAUUGAUGUAUUACCUAAUAUUUCAAUAUCUUGGCACAAUGGCACCAAAUUAUAACCAAAUUUUACAUGGUAAUGUUGAUACGCCAUAAUUAUUAAUAUUUGCACUCGUAUGUCCUUUCGCGAGUACAUUGUACCCGGACUACUGUUUUAUCUACUUAUCUGUCUACUCGGAUUUUUUUAUUUUUUAUUAUAACAUGAAAAAUAACUUGAAAAACACUAAAUAAAAAGUAAUUGCUUAUAAAAAUAAUAAAUCUUGAGGAUAGAGGAACAUAAAUAAAACCUAACAUUAUCAUAAUCCCUACCAUUACUACCAUUAUCAUAAAAUAAAUUUAUAUACAAUAUAAAAAAAUUACAUCCUAUAAUGUUGUAGUGUGUGGUACCAUUUGAAGCAAUUACCAAUGUGUAGUCCAGGCUUUCGGGUGCAAGUGCACAAAUAUACCUAGUUUCCCGCCUGCCGCCUUGUACUUUACGGUUAGAACAUACCGCACAGUCUUUUUUCUUUCCAUCAUGUUGGCGUAAAAUAUGUAAUUUUGGCCCCUGCCGAAAGUUUUUUGUCUUCUCGUCAACCAGUUCCCGAACAAACUUUAAAUGUUAUUGGUUAGACAGUUCGAUGUACUUUUCUUUCGCCACCAUUUCAAAGACUUCCUCAGAAAACAGUAUGAUCCUGAAUAGGAGUCUGCGCGGUUGACACCUCCUAUAUAUUUAUUGUAAUUGACCACUUUUGGCUUUAUUUACAACUUGUAAGUUACCUCCACGUACUUUUCUGUUGACAGGCUGUGUUCCUGAAAAAUUUUCCCAUGAUCAGGUGACCCGGUAAAUAGUAUUUAUGAUACCUGCUAGACACAAUUUUCAAAAAUUAAACAAAUAAAUUUUAAAAAACAAAAAAAAUGAGAAAAAACGUCCUAUCCUACAUGGAAUAUCUGAAUUCAAAAAUACAAAAAAUGUAGGUUGUGCCAUUUAAAGUUCGAAAGUUACUUACUGUCGAUUUCGCUCAAAACGGAAGUGCUACCAUUAACUACAUAUUGUCAAAAAAGUGGACAUUCAGCCUAUAUUAACCCUUCCAAAUUUCAAAUCGCUCUCUCAAGCCGUUUAAAAGUUAUAGUGUUCCCAUAUUCUUGUGUCACCGGGUAUAAAUAAUUCUUUUAAGUCUCUUUUGAGUCAGCAACUGUGUUAAAAUAGAAUCUAAAAUGGGUAAAAAAAAAAUCCAUCUAGAACAACUGACCCAAUGAAUUUAACAGUUAUUUCUGCAAAUGAAAACUAUAAAAACACAAGUGUUUAAUGUGGAUUUUCUAAAAAGACAACGUCUCAAUAAAAAUGUUUCAGCUCUCAGCAGGAAUUAGAUAAUGGAAUGAUUCAAAAAACGAAAUGUUUAAAAUAAAUCAAAGAUCACAACGAAUAGUAUGUAACUAAAAUUAUAUACCUUAACUUUCCCACGGAGUUUUUUGAAGUUACAAGAGAAAGCAACAGUUUGGUUUACCACCGUAUAAUAUAGCCUAAUCAAAAAAUUUUGCUUUAUAAAAAAAUUCAGGAAAAACAAUAAAUGGAUCUACAAACUGAUAAAGUGAUCAGGGAAAUCAGAUAAAAAACGAAAAAGUUAUAAAAUAUCGUAUAACCUAUACAUUAAAUGGCAUUUUUUAGAGCGGGGCAAGAUGAUAAAUUAGUUUCAUUGUUAGGAAAGCUUAGUCUACUUAUAUAAAGUUUUGGCCAACUUUGACCAUUUUAUUAUUUUUUAAUAAAUAUCUUUUUGCUACUAAAAAUACUAUAUUGGCUAUAUUUAAUUGUUCCCCCAAACGGUUGUGACUAGAUAUAUAUAUAUUUUAUUUUAAAGUAAAAAGGAAUGUUUGUCCUAACGUAUAUUGCCACAUUUUAUAAAACUAGGUUUUUAUGGACAAAAUAUGUUGUAUAAUUAGGUCAAGAAAGUUUUCAGUAUUGAAGCGUAUAACGGUCUGAAUUGUUCUCAAAUCAAUCAAAUAGUGAUUUGACUUCUCUCUAAUAGGGCUUUUUGCAAUUCUUUUAAAGUUAAAGGAGCAAGACCAUGACUUCGUAUUCUUCACCUAUAAUUGGGUUUGCCUCUGGACUUACAAUAUUAGACAAAAUUAAUGUUACUUUCAGAAAAUUUCAUAACAAAUAAUUCUUUUAGAAUACCUUAAGUUCGUGAUUGGUAAAAUAAAGCUGGUGAUGGUUUUUAAAGCAAAAGUAAAUUUAAUAAAUCUUUUUAUUACCUCGACAAAAUCGAAGCAUCUUUGUAUUUUUUCUGCUAAAAAUAGGUAUGAAUCCUUAUAUUUAAUAUUUGGUCCACUAUACUUUAUUUGGUUUUUUUUUUUCACGAAUGGAGGACCAAACGUUUUUAAUUUGUAAUGAUUCGGCUUGAUUUCCUCUUCAAAUUUCUUUCUAUACAAUACAACACCAAUACAACCGCCGCUGGACAACCUUAGCCGGGUAUUUUGGGUUGUUGUCAUGUCUUCAUAACCUAAUUAAAUAUUUGUCAAGCGACCAUACCAUACUUAACCGUUGGACAAAUGUAUUUAUAAUCAAGCCUUUUACCAUCUGAACCACGUUAUUCAACUUUGAUUCGUCAGAAAACAAAACCUUUUUCCAAUCUCUUGCUGGUUCACGAUUCUUGCAAAACUAAAUCCGUGCAACCGAAUAAUAUCUAAGAAGCUCCGGGUAUGUUGCAGGUCUAUGAUUAGCCAAAUUGGCUUCUCCAAAUCGAUUUUUGAUUCCUACAGAUGUAGUAUGGCGAUCUCGCAGACUUUGUAAGAUGAUAACUUCAGAAUGAUGAGCGUUAAGCGGCCUAUACACAUGCAGGCAAGUGUUAAGACUUGCCUGUACAGGUCGAGACACACGAGUAAGUGCGAAUUUGUAUGGAUUAAAACUCAAGGCGCGUUCAGUUCCAAGCGCGGCUCGAAGCGAAUCAGAUUGUGUCUGAUUUUUAGAGCAAGUGCGAAGGCCAACUUCAUUUUUCGCACAGCAGCACGCCCCACCAACUGGUGAACCUCGAGGUUUACCUGAAUAGUGUGUGGCCGCAAUUCGUUUCGCACUUGCUCGCGGACUUGCCUGCAUGUGUAUAGCCCCCAUUAGUCUUCGUGGUGGGCCAGCUUUAGGUCGUGUUGUGUAAACCUCCACCAGCAAAAUAGAAGCUUGAUUUUGAUUUACGACAAAUAUUAUAUAAAACUUUAAAGUACUUUUAAUGUAAAGGUAAAGUUUAAGCGGUACCAAUAUUCUGUCACGCCAAUUGAUGGAUACGUUUUAUAUAACGUUCGAGUUGUACGGACUUGUGGUUUAAAAAGAAUGAGGGAUGACAAUAUUGCGUUCUUUAAAUAUCUGGACCAUGGAGCUUAAUAUAUGGUUUUUAAGUGUACAGGUUUUUUAGUUUUUUGUGGACUGGUAUAAACUUUCUUAUUUCAAGUAUUUUUCAAAUUCCGAAAAUUAAAGUUCGUGCUGCAGCAAAUUUUUAAGUGGGCAACGUUUUACAGUGUUGCCACAUUUCACAUUUGUAAAUUUACUCCCUUUCAUAUUCACAUUCAUCAUACCGAUCGAAUAACUAAUUUACUUUAUUUUAUUGCAAAAAAUCCGAAACAAAACUAAUAUUUUAUACUUUUAGAAUUUGUUUAUUAUUAUUCUUACCGCUAGUCAAAUAAUAAAUAAAAUAAUUUUAAUAUAAUUAUUAGCAAUUGAUAACCUGAAAAUAAUGAUGAUGGUCAAUAAUUCCGAAACGGUUACCGUAGACCCAUACUAUUAUAUGUAAUUGAAGUUGUGUUUCAAUGCUUAAUUUAAAAGUAAGUAUACAGGGGUGCCAUUAAAAAAAAUACGGUAAGUCUACAAAACGCGAAAUGUGGCUCAUCACUUCAAAAUUUGAUUUCGUAGCAAACGUUAACAUAAACAGUACUAUAAUUGAGUAUGCAUGAGAAUUGAGAGGUAUUAAAAAUAUUUUUGUCGUAACAGUUUUCGUCUUGAUACGCAUUCUCUGAAUGCCGUAUCAAUAUUUAAAAUAACUGAACUGAAAGAACUAUACUCCCUGUAUACACACCAGUAAUAUACUUAAGAAGUUGAAAUCAAUACAAGAAACUUUUGUAUUAAAUUGUAUUGAUUUGAUUUGAUACUGAUUAGCCCUUAAAAUGAACUUAAUAAAUCACGACUUAAUGCGGCAUUUUGUACCUUAAUUCUGUUUGGUACUCGAAAGAUAACGCAGGAAAUCAAAAACGUGUUUUUUUUUACUUCUUUUUCUUUUUAAUUAAUUUUGAUCUGAUAUACGAAAAAGAACUAGCGCUCGGAAAAAAGACUAUGUGUGGGGUGUGUUUUUGAAAAUAUUCGCGAAAUAUUAAAGUUCUUUCAGUAAUGAAUUUCUAAGGAAGCUACGUAAAUGUUAAUGAGUAUUAAGUCACACAACUUAACCUUUACAUUUGUACAUAAUAACUUAAUACUUCACCAAUCAGUAUUCACAAUACUAAAAACUGUUCCAUACAAGAAAUGGGGUAGAUGGUAUUUUUAGCAGAAUAUAAUUGAAUAUUUGACUUAAAAUUCACUCACAAACCGAAAAUCGUAAAAAAUUGAACUUUACACUGUUUGGCUCCAAGGUCCAUAUGUAUAAUCCGUUUGUGUGUGGAAUGAAUGUUCCAAUUGCCACGUCCGGCAUUAACUGUGUAACGCAAUCUUUAAGCUCUAUGUCCAACUGCAAUCUACAGUUAAGGUUUUAGAAGUAGACUUAACGGCACUGGUUUUCACUAGGAAAUGAACAGUUAUAAUUAUCCUCAUAAAAUAAUAAAAAAACAAUUUUCUUCUGGAAAAUUUUCCUUAAAACAAUUUUCUUCUGGAAAAUUCUCAUUCAAACUGCCAUAUGUGACUACACUGUUUUGGCAGAAAUAAAUUUGUCUGCAUUUUCUCUAUAGGGGCUUGCCCACGACCCUCAAAAACGGUUUAAACUGUUCGGACUCUUUUUUAAACGUUUUUUAUUAAAUUUAAUCACCUCCAUCCCGCCAUCUUUCGAUGUCGCUCCAAAAACAGUCAAGUGACGUUUGACGGUAUAUUUCAUUAAUUAAUAGUCUGUGUUUUGUCAAGAACGCGAUGAGGAGAUUCGUGAAUUUAUUGGCAGUGUAAAAACUAUUUAAUUAAUUUGAUUCUCCAGUUGUUACAAAUUUAGUAGAACUAUGUAAAAUAGGGAAAAAUUUUGAAAAAAAACCUUGUGACCGUCAAUUAUCUAUUCCCUUUUAGUGGUGACUCACCGAUUGAUUACAGUCGGUCGUUUCUCCCCCUUAUUGUAGAUGUCACGUUGAAGUAACCCUUUUCGCAAUCAAAAAUAAAACAAUGUGUUUUUUACCGUAAAAUGCACGAUUUUGUAUAUUAAGACUGCGAAGCUAGCGAAUCAACCCCCUGACCCUAUUUUCAUUCUACGUGUAUUUUUAUAAGGUAAAGUUUAGAGAAUAUCUACCUAAUUUUAGACUAUUUUUUUUUGCAUCGACGUUACUUUUUUACCGAUUUUUUUUACGAAUUAUUUCGUUACCUUCGCUGUAGUUUCCGAAACUCUGAUUUAGUGCCAAAUGCCUAAUGCUUAAAAUAUGGUAAGCCAUAUAUAGUUCCUUACCAACAGUAAGCAUAUGGAAUACAUCGAGUAUUUUAUCACCACGUUAAAACUUUUUUUCUUUAACUGUGUACAUUUUUACAUACUUUUCCCACGUUUUAGAAAAACGUGAAUGUGUUUUUAUUUACGUUUCGUACUGUCCGCUACUUAUAUAUGUAUAUGUAAAACAGAAUGUGAACGAGAUGGUGCUUUUUAUUUUCUUGUUAUUGUAUUUAAAAGUUGAUUAUAUUUAAAAAUAAAUAACUUAAAGCUU